AGCAUUGUGACCCGAUGAAUUUUAUUCAGUGAAAGAUGUUUCAUCAUGCUGAUAAAGGAGGCAAGAAAUCUGCGUUUGGACAUCCUGUCUGCGGGCAGAUUAUUCUCUCCAUCAUCCUCCUCCGCCCUCCUUUACUGGUCACCGCCUUCCCGGUUAACACAGUAGAGGAGCAGAUCUGCAAGGAUCCUGGUUUUCCAGAGCAUGGCAUCAGAACUCCAAGCAUCGGGAAGUUUUUUGAAAACUCAGUGGCCAGGUUCUCUUGUGCAGAUGGUUUUAGUUUAAAGGGGCCAGCCAAGAUUAUCUGCACGCGCUUCUAUAAUGGAUCGUUAGGCUGGAAACCAAGCCUUAAACCAGUGUGCCUUUCAGAAGAUUGUCUUCCUCCAUUCAUCGAGGACGCUGAUGUCACAAAUAGGACAUACAGGCCUGGUGACAGCCUCAUUAUUAGCUGUCAUGAGGGAUUUCAGAUCCGAUAUCCUGACACAGAAACUAUGGAAUCAGUCUGUCAGGCGGAUGGGACAUGGGAUAAUCAGCCAACCUGUCAAGGCUGCCUGCGACCGCUAAUACCGCCACACAGCUACAUGAACAUCUCGGAAACUAAGUUCUCUGUGCCUGUUGGAACUGUUGUCCACUAUCAGUGCUUUCCUGGAUACAAAUUGGAGGGACCUGAACUUCUGGAAUGCAUGUAUAACCUCAUCUGGUCAGAUACGCCACCCCGGUGCCUUGAUGUUGAGGCAUGCUCUUUACCGCCAAUGAUAGAACAUGGAGAUUACACGUGCCACCCUCAUCCAUGUGACCGAUACAUUCACGGGACGGUCGUGGAGUACUACUGUUAUCCUGGCUACUCUCUAGCGAAUGACUACAAGUACAUCACCUGCCAGUAUGGCCAGUGGUUUCCACAAAUGCAGCUCUACUGCGUCAAAGAUGAAACAACCUGGCCUGGUUUCCAGGAUUCUCUACUGACCACAUGGAAAGUCGUGGCUUGUACGGCCACUAGUGUGCUGCUAGCCCUGCUCUUGGUCAUCACGGCCAAGAUGUUUCACUACAAAUGCAAAUCACAGCAAAGUCCAAGCGAUGAACCAGAUGAAAGUCGGGAUCCAAACAUCUUGGUUGUGGAUGGAGUCGCCGUACCUCUUCCCUCCUAUGAAGAAGCUAUAAGUGGCAAUUACUGUCAACCCCCAAACGAUCUGCCUCCUGAUGGUCUGGAGAGCGCUCAGCAUUCAGAAGAACAGAACCCGCCUUCAUAUCCCGGACAUACGGGAAGCCAAAACAGUGUGCCGCUGGACACCGGUGAUGUCGAGAACUGCGACAGCCUCUCAGACACAUCAGAAUGCCUUCAAGGCCUACAGCCAUCUUCAUCUCAUCCCGGUGGACUCAACAUGUCUGAGAAAACCAAUGCCAUCACCUCCAUGGAGGAAACCGCAUCCACGAGCCCCAGUAUAGACAUUGCAGACGAAAUUCCUCUGGUGGAGGAUGGAGAAGAGGACUGCUGAUUCUUCACUUUAACUGAAAAUGGGAUACUUGAGAUCGUUCGACUCCACUUUUUAUUAUUUCAUUAUUUUUUUCUGAUUUACAAACUAAUUAUUGCUCAUUUGAAAUGGCUGCACAUCAAUAUUUAAUGAACAGCACACCAGGGCAGGAUAGGCAAUAAAAUAAAUAAAUAAUGAAUAAAGGGAACUAUGCAUUCGAUUCACGCAUUAUAUUAAUCUUAUUUGAUACACGGCAUUAAAUUAUUGUUCUUUUGACUCUCGCUUGGAAACUGUUGCUGCAGUUUUGGACAGCUUUCAAAAGGUACGGACUGUAAUGAUGAACUUUUCUUAAAUAAAGGACAAGGGAGCUUUA